AUGCGCAGCAGGUCGUCGGGCCAGAUCAAAAGGGCCUGCUUUGCAGUCACCACGCCGAGACGUGGCAGCGCGGUUGCCGGGAUCGACAAGAUGGCCGGCCCAACCAUCACAACCAUGCCCGUGGUAGUAGAGCUUGACAGGGAUCAAUCUAUAGCGGAAUACCUGUCGCAGAUCCAUGAGCAGGCUGUGUCGAUGGUGCCCUAUGAAUACUAUGAGCUAGGCCGGAUCCAAAAGAAGACGACGUGUCUGGAGCUUACGCGCGUGCUGGAUAAUCAGCCGGGCAUGGUCGGUUCUUUCAGUCUGGUGACGGAAUGCUCGUACAAUCGCCUGAAACAUACCAUCUCCUUGUCCGCCUUGUACGAUCCUAUGCUGAUGCAAAGACAAGAAGUGAAUGGUAUGCUUGGGCAGCUUUCAUGGAUGAUUGCGGGUUUGAAUAGACACAGUGCCGGCCUUUCCACUAUUCAAUCUACAAUAUGGAGCCUAGCAGAGCAACAUGACUUUUCCCAGUUUGUGGCUUGGAACAAAACACCACAGUGUUGUACCAAGACGUGCCUUCACGAGCUCAUCGAGAUUUCUGCUGCGCAUACGGCAGCGGUGGCUGUAAAGGAGACCCUAGUCAGGAGACUUGGUAUCGGGCCCGGGGAUCUCGUUCCAUUGUGUUUUGAAACAUCAGCCUCCAUAAUGGUCGCCAUAAUGGGAGUGCUUAAGGCCGGGGCCGGAUAUAUCCUACUUAAUACGUCUCAUCCGAUCUCCCGCCUAGAGUUUAUCAUUCAAGAGGUCAAGGCAAAAGUCGUCAUUGUCUCCGCGCUCCAGCACAAUUCUUUGAGAUUCUCCGUACACACUCUAGCCCUUGCGUCCCCGUUUCCUUUCAUUACGCCCACUUGGGCCCAGACACCACACGAGGCUCGACUGGCUACCCCUAGCGAUGUAGCCUAUGUCAUUUUUACUUCGGGCAGCACCGGGCAGCCCAAAGGUGUGAUGAUAAAACACGUGCCGCAAGCUUGA